AAACUAUCAACAAGAACUUGAACAUAUGAAGAACAUGACCAGACAAGAAUAUGUUGCUCACUUAAGAAGAAAAAGCAGUGGCUUCUCAAGGGGUGCUUCAAUGUACAGAGGAGUCACAAGACAUCAUCAACAUGGACGCUGGCAAGCUCGGAUAGGCAGAGUUGCAGGAAACAAGGACCUUUAUCUAGGGACAUUCAGCACCCAAGAGGAAGCUGCUGAGGCCUAUGACAUAGCAGCAAUAAAAUUUCACGGGGAAUAGUAUGUAUCCUGAGCAGUUGACUCGUCUCAGUUGUGAACUACAACUCUUUAUGAGUUCAAGAAGAGCAUACAGUCUCUAAUGUUUUUGUAGUGGAAGUGGAUAGAACCAUAGAUAGACCUGUAGACACUAAUGCUUGCUUAAAGAUGGGUUUU